AUGCCCAGCUUUUAUCCCAUAUUCAUUUUUUUGCUCUUUUUGAGCUCCUGUUUGGCUGGUCCAACCAUCAUCAUCACCGGUCCAGCAGAGAACAAUGAAGCCAAAAUCGAAUAUCUUGGUCGUUAUCUCCCACAAGCUGUUUUGAAAAAUGUCGCUUCAACUGAAUCAGAUAUUCUGAUUUAUAACCGAGUUGGAAACCGUGAUACCUUGAUUGAAGAUUCUAACAAGGUUCAGCAACUUGGUGGUGUAUUUUUGGAGAAAAAUGUAUCAACUGUUGUCUUCAUAAGAGACAAAUAUGAAUACUUGAACGCCAAAGAGCUCUUUGUUCUUGAACACUUGCUCAGAACUGAUAGAUCAUUGUCCGUCGUCCAUUUCGAAGAAAAAGCCGAAAGUUCACCCAUUUGGUUGGAACACUCCGACUGUUUUGCUACUGGUACCGUUGAUUCAAAAAUUGGAAACACAGUCUACUUUUGCAAUAAAGAGACCGAUUCUGUUCUGAACGAAAUUUUGAAUGAACGCAUUCCAAUUGAUAAAGUUGUCAGUUUACCAUCCUCUUCUUUUUUCUUCGCAAACGCCGCUUCGAAGAAAUACCGUAUUGACAAGAAAAAGAUGGAAGAAGAGUUGGAAGACGAAAUCCAAGAUAUUGUAGAAGAGUCAAUGAAAACUGUUGAGAAGAGAAAGAAGGAUUCGGAAGAUGACGAUGACGAUGAAGACGACAAUGAUUUUGACAACAAGCAUGAUCCAAAAAGAGACCACCGCCUUCAUUGCAAGUAUCGUAAAUCUUGUUAUGCGACUGGGAAGCGUGGGUUGAUCGAACCGUAUGACAUUUCGUUCGAUCAUCUUUUCCAUUUCUGGAGAGCCCCUUCGUCUCAACAACAUCAUCUUCCAAAGACAGAAGAUGCUGAUCAAGAUGGAGUACCAGAUUCUGAAGACGAUGAUGUGAAUCUUGCUGAUCGGAAAUUAGUAUGCAAAUACCGAACUGCGUGCUACAAGGAUCACAAUAUUCCACUCAGUGACAAACAGCAAGAACGUGAGAGAAGUUUCAUGAGUGCCAAACUUCAAGCGCCUCAAGGAAAGAAAAGAACGCUGAAGGAAAUUGCCCAAAAAGCAGUCAGUGGAGUCGAAGAGAGAGAGAAAGAAGUUAAAACGCGUCCUCUUUCAAAAUCUCUUAUCGUUGAGAAAAAGUUGCAAGAAAUCGAAAAUCAACUGCAAAAGAAAUUGGACUGCAAAUACCGAAGAUCAUGCUAUGAAACUGGAAAACUCCCGGAUAUUGAGGAAACAAGCUUCUCGAUUCCAUUUUUGUAUCCAGAAUCCGAAAAGAAUGAUGACGACGAUGAUGAAGAAGACAAAAAAUCGUUUGAGGAGAUGAAUGAUUUGGAGAAAAAGAAUUAUUGCAAAUAUCGCAAGUCAUGCUACGAAUCUGGAACAAAACCAGAAAUCGAUAGUGAACUGGCCAUUGAAUCAUUCCGAGACAUCCUAGACAUGCCGGAUGUCGUGGAAACUCGUAAACUGACUCUUCAAGAACGUUGCAAGUACCGUAAAUCUUGUUACAAGACUGGAAUUCUCCCAGAUCUCAGCCAGGACGACGAGCACAUCGAAAAAGUAAUCAACAAGGAAGUGAGCUCAGUAGUUCCAUCAACUGUCCAGGAUUUGAAAACUUUGUGCAAAUACAGGAAAUCUUGUUAUCAGGAGAUUAGUGAAUCUUCUAGUGCUGACAUUGUUCAAACUAUCAGAAAGAGGAGACUAAUUGAGAAGGAAGUCAGAAAAAGAAGAACCAGACGUCACAGAAGACUCCAUAAGCGACGUGCCAUGAUGACAAGAUACGGAAUGACAACUGGAUCCGGCAGCAAAUAUGACAAGGUUGAAAAAACCCAGAAGGAGCUUCAGGAUAUCGCUGACGCAAGAGAAAAUAGGAAAGAUGCUCCGGCUCCGAAGUCUGUCAAAAUUCAUGGAAAGAAAAAGGUGGUAGAAGAAACGAUCGAGACAGAGGGAACAACUUCUUCACAGGAGCAGGAGCUCAAUGAAGAUGAAAAGAAAACGGAAACAGAGUCAAAGAGGAAUAAAAAAAACACAGCGAGCUCAGAAAAAGACAAGGAGAAUGAAGAAGUAGCAGAUUUUCAACCAGAGCCAGAAACUGUUAAAAAAACUAAGAGGAGUUUGAAGAAAGUUAAGAAGCCGGAAAUUGAUAAGAAUGAGGAUGAUGAACCAGAAUCAACUCCAGAGCCAGUCAAGAAGACCAAGAAGAACUUGAAGAAAGGGAAGGAAGCUGAAUCAGAAAAUGAUCAACCCGUGAUUCCGGUACCAAUACCAGUGAAAUCUGGUAUCAAAAGAUCACAGAAGGAACCGGAAGAAGAACAGAAGACGAUGAGAACAACAGAAGACGAUGACGAUAUGCCACUACAAGAAAAAAAAUCCAGAGUAGAAAAAGUAUCUUCUGUACCUUCCAAGAAAAGUGUUUCUGAUGAAAAUGAUGAUGACGACGAUGGAAAUGAGUUCGACAACAAACACGAUCCAAAGCGUGACCAUCGAUUGCACUGCAAGUAUCGCAAAACGUGCUAUGAAACAGGAAAAAGAGGAUUGAUUGAGCCCUAUGAUUUCUCAGUUUGGCAUCUCGUCCAUUUUUGGGCAGCACCCCCAUCUCAACAACAUCACAACUACGGGAAACAAAAAGAUUCUGAUGGCGAUGGUGUUCCAGAUAUAGAGGAUAAGGAUACUGCAAUGGUUAACAGAAAACUAUCAUGUAAAUACCGUCCUUCAUGCUACGAGGAAUAUGGUAUUCCCAUCGAGGAGAAGUUUUUGGAGAGGGAACAGAAAAGAACUGUGAAGCCAGAAGCGUCAGAUGAUGAUGAUGGUGGGUAUGAAGAUGAAAGAAAGAUUGAUUUGAAGGCAGCCGAUCGUCGUCUUGAGUGCAAAUAUCGCAGAUCUUGCUAUGAUAGUGGUGUGCUCCCAACCAUCCAGCAAUGGAGUGACGCUCCGACACUAUCGGAAACAAUCGAGACCAGCUCCAAAAACAAGAAGUUCCAGAAAUGCAAGUACCGUAAAUCAUGCUAUGAAGCAGAAGGAAUCACUGACAAGGAUAGCGACGUGGAGAAUAAAGAAGAACUUAAGAAAUCUCACAUUCAAGAAACAAUGAAACCAGUUGAAACACAGAAAGAUCGUCAUCAUCAUCAAUCGAAACAUGGAAAAAAGAAACAUCAGGAGCCAGAAGACAGUGAUGAGGAAGACGAUGAGAAAGAAGACCAAAAAGAGAAACAAAAGAAGAAUAAAGAAGAAAAGAAAGAGGAAGAUAAAGUUCAAAAGCAAAGUGAUAAGGAAACUUUGGAACAAGAAGUGAAAGAAAUUUCCCUUUCUGUGGCAGAAAAAAGUUGGUGUAAAUACAGGAAGUCAUGCUAUUCGUCUGUUGAACCAAAAGCUGCCAAACAAGAUCAUUCAGGAUCUAUGGCCAGGAGAGCAGGAAGCGGACAGAAAUGUCACAUCUACUACUUGUCGUGCCGUGAGGCAAUGGGUCUUCCACCAAAGGAGAAGGCACCAAUGGGUCCAAAUGGCAAGCGGUUGUGUCGCAAAGUGAAGAAAGACACCUGA